AUGGAAGCAGUUACAGAACAUUUUAAUCAGUUGAGAUCUCAACUACCAAGCAAUUUUGAAGAGGUGCAAUCAUGCAUCAGCCAGUUGAAGGAAAAGAUUCCAACCAGCUACGAUGAUAUUGAACCUUAUGUCAAUGCGUUGAAAAAUGUAUCCACGGACGAUAUAGUAAGUGAUUUUAGUAAUUUAAAGGUGACCCCUAUCACAGUAUCUUUGUCGAUAACUGCUUUCACCACGUUAUUUAUUUUAGGACGUAUUUUGGGUUCAAGUGGCCAGCAAGGCAGGAGCAAAUCGAGUAAGAAGAACCAAAAGAAGCGUUCUAAGAAGAAGUUGACUAAGGCACAAAAAGCCAACGAGGAUAUACAAUCCAUUUUAGACUUUGUCGAGGAGACUUAUGUUCCGGAAAUUGACGAAUACUUGGAGAAUUACAAGACAUUGAAGGAAGAUGAUUUGGAAUACAAGUACAACUAUUUCGAAGAAAUGUUGUUGAAGCAGUUAAUGAAAUUGGAUGGUAUCGAUGUUGUUGGAAACGAUAUUUUGAGGGAUAAUAGAAAGAAGGUUAUAAAGUUCAUUCAAGACCAUCAGAGAAGAUUAGAUGCAUUCAAAAAAGAAGUUAAUAUGUAG